AUGGUGGUGUUCAAUGUUUCGCGAGUGGAGACUGCACCUAUCGAUGGCCAGAAGCCUGGGACUUCUGGACUUCGCAAGAAGGUGAAGGUGUUCAAACAACCUCAUUAUCUGCAAAAUUUUGUUCAGGCAACCUUCAAUGCUCUUACUGCUCAAAAAGUUAGAGGUGCUACCCUUGUUGUUUCUGGUGAUGGCCGCUAUUUCUCGAAGGAUGCCAUUCAGCAUGCUUUUGAAAUUCUUCUAACUCUGUUGACAAUGCGUGCUCGUGCCUGUAUAUUUGCAUGCUUGUCUGUCUGUAUUAUUAUUAAGAUGGCAGCUGGAAAUGGUGCAAGACGUGUUUGGGUUGGUCAGAAUGGACUGCUUUCAACUCCUGCUGUUUCUGCUGUAAUACGUGAAAGAGUUGGGGUAGAUGUAAGUUAUUGUCUUGUUCAGAAAGCUGGUCUCAUUUUCUUCAAUAAUGUCAAUGGUAGUCCCAUGCAUAAUGAGUUUUAUACUCCUGAACUUGAAUAUCAGGGAUCCAGGGCGACUGGAGCAUUCAUAUUGACAGCAAGUCACAAUCCAGGUGGUCCAAAUGAGGAUUUUGGGAUCAAAUAUAACAUGGAAAACGGUGGACCUGCUCCUGAGGGAAUAACGGAUAAGAUAUAUGAGAACACCAAAACGAUAAAGGAGUACUUAAUGACAGAUGUGCCUGAUGUAUAUCCUUCAUCUUGGCCUCUUUAUGUGGAUAUUGCGGCAAUCGGUGUAACUAGCUUUAAUGGACCCGAGGGACAAUUUGAUGUUGAGGUUUUUGACUCGGCGAGCGAUUAUGUAAAAUUGAUGAAGUCAAUUUUUGACUUUGAGUCCAUCCGGAAGCUGCUUUCCUCACCAAAAUUCACGUUCUGCUAUGAUGCACUACAUGGAGUUGCUGGGGCUUAUGCAAACCGCAUUUUUGUGGAAGAGCUUGGAGCACAAGAGAGCUCCUUAUUGAACUGCGUACCCAAGGAGGACUUUGGAGGAGGGCAUCCAGAUCCCAAUCUCACUUAUGCAAAGGAGUUGGUUGAUUGUAUGGGAUUGGGUAAAUCAAACUCUGAAGUUGAACCACCAGAAUUUGGUGCUGCUGCUGAUGGUGAUGCAGAUCGCAAUAUGAUCCUCGGUAAAAGGUUCUUUGUUACUCCAUCCGAUUCCGUUGCCAUCAUUGCUGCUAAUGCAGUGGAGGCAAUACCAUAUUUCUCUGCAGGCCUAAAAGGAGUUGCCAGGAGCAUGCCGACUUCAGCUGCCCUCGAUGUUGUGGCCAAAAAUUUGAAUUUAAAAUUUUUUGAGGUUCCAACUGGAUGGAAAUUUUUUGGUAAUUUGAUGGAUGCUGGAUUAUGUUCAGUUUGUGGGGAAGAGAGUUUUGGAACUGGCUCAGACCACAUACGUGAGAAGGAUGGAAUUUGGGCCGUUCUGGCUUGGCUAUCCAUACUGGCUUACAAGAAUAAACAAAAUCUUGAUGGGGGAAAACUCGUGACAGUUGAAGAUAUAGUUCGCAGCCAUUGGUCUUCCUAUGGUCGCCACUACUAUACUCGAUAUGACUAUGAGAAUGUUGAUGCAGGUGCAGCAAAGGAACUAAUGGCAUACUUGGUCAAACUGCAGUCUUCCCUUAGUGAAGUUAAUAAGAUUGUGUGUGGGAUACGAUCAGAUGUUUCAAAGGUUGUUCAUGCAGAUGAGUUUGAAUACAAAGAUCCUGUUGACAGUUCCAUCUCAAAGCACCAGGGUAUUCGAUAUUUGUUUGAGGAUGGCUCAAGACUGGUGUUCCGUCUCUCAGGAACUGGUUCAGAAGGUGCCACCAUUAGACUCUACAUUGAGCAAUAUGAGAAGGAUCCAUCAAAAACUGGAAGAGAUUCACAAGAUGCACUUGCUCCUCUUGUGGAGGUUGCUCUCGGGCUAUCUAAGAUGCAGGAAUUCACUGGCCGAUCUGCACCAACUGUUAUUACAUAG